AUGGCCACGGAGCGACGCCGCGAGUUUACCCAGCUGUCCGAUUGGCUGCGCAAGGUGAAGGCCGAAACGGAGACGUUGUCCAGAUCGACGCAGCAGGAGGGCGCCAAACCCUCGUUUGAAGACCAAGUGGCCACCUUGACUACCUCGACAUUGACGAUCAGGCAACAGUCGACGGAGGGCAAAGCUCGGCUGGACAUGUUCAACGAGUUCUGCCCCGCGGAUGCCCGCCAGUACGCCGUCGCCGUUCGGUCCGCGGUUGUGGCCGCUACUUGGGCGGGCGGAGUCCAUUUGAUUGAGAAGCUCCUCGUGGACGACAACGGCGCGCCGCAGCUACAAGGGGCCCUCGUCGACGCCAUUGAUCCGGGCCCGCGCCCUGGCAAGAUGGAGGGGGAGCCUGACUGCGAGGCGCAGAUGCAGCAGCAGUGGUCGCGCGCGGUUCGCGAGACCGCACAGUGGGAACACGAGUUCGUCUUGCUCUAUUCCGACGGCACCAUCCCAGCUAUAGCGGCAGGCAAGUCGUCGGAGCAGCCGGCGUCCAGUUUGCAGUGCGCGUCUGGUAUAUGCGAGAGGAUGAGCCGUGUGUUCGAAAGUUUCAUGAAUUGCAGAUCCGAGAUUGCUGCGCCGCUCGACGCUUGGCAGGACCCGAGGGCUUCGUCUUUGUCUGCGGAUAUGGACUCCUUCUUACCCAAGCUCGCCACAUUUGUGCAGUGCCUAAGAACCUCCAUCAUGCCCGCCUGUUCAGAUGUCCUCCUGCGAACCCUCGAGGCGCCCGCGCAGACGUUGCUCGCGGCGUGCAAGGUUGCUGACGACGGGAUCACCUCGGUGGAGAAGGCUAUCGACGCGCCCGAGGGCCACGCGCCUGACUUGGCAGAGGUUCUAGGAAGGUAUGGCACCCUGAAGGUGAAUGUCGCUGGCGCAGUCGAGCGGGUCAAGGACGUGAGCCUCGGAGACAUUGACGGCGGGCGCAUGUUCUUCCUCCAGCGGCACAACCUCGUUGUCUCGGCGGCCGUCGACACCUUGAGCAACAUUGAAGCAGGUAACGUCGCGAAACUGAAGGUCACCGGCUGCGUUGCGGACACCUUCCUGAAGUUCAAGGCUCAGCUCGACACGUACACUGCAUGGUUGACGAGUUCAUCAGCGUCUAAGUAUGAGGCCCAGGAGGGCCGGGGCAAGGACAUGGACAUUCAGCGCAGGAGUUCGGCGGCAGUGAAGGCACUAACGAAGAUGGAGCAGAAGAUCUUGGCGCUCUUUGACCAGAGGGCUUCCGAGCUUGCCGACGUCAUCUACAAGUACGCCCCCCCGAGCAGCCUCCUGGACAACUUCCGUCUCAUCGGCGAUGAGGCUUUGCAGAAGAACCUCGCCAAGCUGCCAGCCUGA